UUGAGUUUGGACGCGUCCGUGCGGCUCUGCGUUUGCUCGUUCGUCAGUAGUGUGUGCUGUGUACGGUUUGGCUCCUUUGCUUCCAUAAGCAUCCUUUUGUGCUUGAAAGAUUGUCAUUGUGCGGAAGAAAGUACUACUUCGUAUUCAAAUGAACAAUAAUUGCCACUGAAAUUAGUUCUCGUUUUUGAUAUCGAAUAGUAUUUGGAACCAUCAAACAUAACAAUCAACAGCAGAAACAACAGAUCCGUCAGUGUUUGUGGAGGAAAAAUAGUAUACCAAGUCCUACACCUUCAUUACUGCCACAAAGAUCUAUAGCUGUGGAAAAGCCGCAAAGGGAAGUGUUUCAGAAGUCGGAGGAGUGCAUCGUGUGAGGAAAAUAGCGAAAAAUAAAAAAGUGUUUGGACUUCCAUCUUUUCUCACCCCGUCGCCGCGCCGCUGUCGUCGUUUCCGUUUCAUCGGUGUGUUCUCAAAGUGCUAAACGAAGCGCCCAUCCGUCGAGUCUCGGCGAGUUCCCUCUGGGCUGCGGCGAGUUGUUCUAUCAUCGUUGUGUUAGUGUGGGUGUGCGCUUGCGGUGACAGCUGCUGCUGUGCAAGGUGAUCACAAAAGUCGUUUUUGCGAUUUCCGCCACCACCCAGUCUGCGGCGGGUUUGUUGGGAAGAAGCAAAAGUACUGCUGCUGCUGCUACAGUGUGUUUGUGUGCGUGAGCUGCGAAGCCAGAGCCGAGCAUAAUCGGGGUGUAAACAACAACCAGAGCUGUCAAAAAAAGAGCUCGCUGGCGUGUGUGAAGGAAGACGAAGAGCCAGAGCCAGUGCGUGAGUUGUAAGAAGGAAGAACGCGAAUUUUGUGCACAAGGUUUUGUUGAUUUCGUUGAGUUUGGUUGGAUUUUCGGGGUUUUUGUGCGUGGAUUCCGGGCUAACGGAUUGUGGAUUUUUAUGCAGUGAUCGGUGGCAAGCACCGUUCCGGUGGAAGAAAUCCGCAGCCGCUGCAGGACGGGUCGCAAAACUGUACUGAAAAUUACUGCUGUCUAAUUUGGCAAGGUUGCUGAAGUUUUGCCACACUAGCUGGUAGCUGCAGUGCAUAGUGGCUCCGGAAGAAAAUUUUUCGUUAGUGGCCACUGGGAAGCGGAAUUGAAGCUACUAUUUCCGAAUCCAUCAUCCAGGAAAGCACUCCCGGAAUACCCUGACGAUACCACCACCCACCACCAUCUGAAUUCAUCCAAUCUACAAUACGUCGGUAUUGUAGCCAUCACCGACCAAGAAGCAAGCUGCCGGAGGAAAUACUUGAACGAAAAGUAUUGGCGGCAGUACGGUGUGAACCUUUGUUGCACAAAGUCAUAAAGAGGAAGCAACCCGAAUAAGCAGAAGAAGAGGAAAAAAAAGAAGUAGUGGAAUUAAGGAAGCACAGUCCAUACUCUACUACACAUUAGUGCGUGCCAGUGAUGAGUUAACCGAGUAGCAAUUUAAAGUGCAUGAGAUCUGAUCCCCGGCACCCUCCCCCUGCGAGCUCGACCCUUACCGCCACACCGACGUCUCCGCACUCGCUUGUAAUUAUUUAAUUGUAUCAAUUGUGUAAUGUGCACCCACCGUAGUUGGUGGUAGAUCAUUGUUGCUGUUUUUGUCUCAAAGUCAAGUGACAAAGUUUGUUGAAAAGGAAAAAAAAAGUGUGUUGUUAUUUUCGUCAUUGUGAUUUCACGCGUCGCGAAAUUGUACGGCAUUGGUCGGAAGAGGGUUUGCUCGGAGCGCGAUCUCUCAUUGAACCAGGUCCCCGGGCGCAGCUGAUGUCAAGCUACUAGAUUCGUGUUCCUGUGGCUAGUGUGCAUUGUGAAUGGCGGCAGUCGGUGGACCGACCAGGCAAUCGCGUGGGGUUUCCAUGAGUGUCUCGAUGUCGCUGGUACAGGGCGGAGCAGCUGGUGCGGCCGGACCACAGGGAGCUAUCCUGGCGGCGGCCGCACCCUACUAUCAACCACCGGCCGUUCCGCAGGACGUGCAGCCCGAUCGGCCGAUCGGCUACGGAGCCUUCGGAGUCGUAUGGGCCGUCACAGAUCCCCGCGAUGGACGACGGGUCGCACUGAAGAAACUGCCAAACGUGUUCCAGUCGUUGGUGUCAUCGAAACGUGUUUUCCGCGAGCUCAAGAUGUUGUGUUUUUUCAAGCACGAUAAUGUACUAUCAGCACUAGACAUCCUGCAGCCACCGCAUCUGGACUUCUUUCAAGAAAUCUACGUCAUUACAGAACUGCUACAGUCGGAUCUGCACAAAAUCAUCGUUUCACCACAGCACCUCUCGGCGGACCAUAUCAAAGUGUUCCUGUACCAGAUCCUGCGUGGUCUCAAGUAUCUGCACUCAGCCCGUAUCCUUCAUCGGGAUAUCAAACCAGGCAACCUGCUGGUGAACAGCAAUUGUGUUCUCAAGAUUUGUGAUUUCGGUUUGGCACGCGUGGAAGAGCCGGACCAGUCCAAGCACAUGACACAGGAAGUGGUAACGCAGUACUACCGCGCACCGGAGAUCCUAAUGGGAGCACGGCACUACUCGGCGGCCGUGGACGUCUGGUCGGUUGGGUGCAUAUUCGGAGAACUGCUCGGCAGGAGGAUCCUCUUCCAGGCACAGAGCCCAGUGCAGCAGCUGGAACUGAUCACAGAGCUGCUGGGCACGCCCACGCUAGAGGACAUGCGACACGCCUGCGAGGGAGCCAGAACACAUAUGCUCCGAAGGGCCCCAAAGCCUCCAUCCCUGUCUGCACUGUACACCCUAAGUACGCAUGCCACCCACGAAGCAGUGCACCUACUCUGCCAGAUGCUGGUCUUCGACCCGGACAAGAGAAUAUCGGUGAUUGAUGCCCUGGCGCAUCCCUACGUCGACGAGGGCCGACUUCGUUACCAUUCCUGUAUGUGCAAGUGCUGCUACACUCCGUCGGCCGGUAUGCGCCAGUAUGCGGCCGAAUUCGAACCCUCGGCACCGCAACCGUUCGAUGACCUCUGGGAACGGAAACUGACCUCGGUGCAGCAAGUCAAAGAGGAAAUGCACAAAUUCAUAGCCGAACAACUGCAAACGAAUCGCGUGCCACUGUGUAUAAAUCCUCAGAGCGCCGCAUUUAAGAGCUUUGCCAGCUUUUCACGACAGUCGAUGCUACAGCAGCAAGCUCAAGCACAGCGUCAACGGCGACAGCAGCAGCAACAGCAGCAACGGGUAGCGUGAAGGAUAUAAAUUACUAUUGAUUCGGAUACUGGACACGCUGCUCAUUGCAUUGAUUCAUAAUUUUGCACUUCCCUCAACACUAUUUCUCACUUGGUUGCUGCUGUUGUUGCUACUGACGGUGCAGGUGCAACGUUGCUAGCAAGUUAUAUAUUCUAAUGGACACGACGACCGACUCGGAUGGACGCAAAGACACACAGACGGACUGACUGGCCGACAUUGUAAACCCAAUAGACAGACAUUCGAAGCUGUACUUCGAAGCAGAUGUACCUGAUGGAAUUUCUUCGAACUUUUAUAGGAAGCAUUUCAUCAACACUUGGCUCAACCGUGGCCCAUCCUUCGGAGCUGCCUCCCUCGCCGCACCAAUGGGAAUGACACAAUGAAGCGAUGGCUGCCUGAAAUUUGUAAAUUACUCAUCACUUACAAGCAAAAUUU